GAGCUGAGAGGGAAUGAUUCCAAAGCGUGGAAGAAUCUACCAAACACCCAAACACCAUAUUAUUAUCUAUCAGUUCUUCAUUUCUCACUCAAUAAUAAUAGUUUCUAAAAAAAUGGCGAAUAAUGAAAAAAAUGAGCUUAGAGAAAAGGAUGGAAGUUGUUCAUUCAUGGAUUUCCCGGACGACGUUCUGGUCUGCAUCCUCUCGUUCCUGGGCCCAACCGAGAUCGCCACUUUCGGGUGCACAUCGAAACGCUUCGUUUCACUCUGCGGCAGCGACUCGAGGGUGUGGUUCAGUAUGUGCGAGCGCAGGUGGGGUUCGAAGACCAGCAUCGCGAAAUGGGGCAAGGGCAAAAUCUCCUACAGGAUCCUCUACAAUACCCUUCACGAUUGGGAGAACCUUCUCGGCUUCUGGCGCCGAAGCGGUGACGGAACCCCUUCCUUGCUCUUCUUCGAGUGGGGCCCAUCGUUUCUCGCAGCUUCUAGGGUUUCUCCCUCCAAAUCUGGAGCCUAUGACGUCACCAAAGCGCCGUUUCUCUGGAUGACUCUCUCCCAGGAGGGACAUGUCGUCUGUUUUCUCGAUCCUCACGGUAGGGUUGACUUUUCGCCCAAUGUUGACCUCGGAUUUUCUGAGGUUCAGGCUUUGUUGGUUCCGGUGAGUGUUAGUUUCAUGGGGAAGACGCACGUUGUGGUGGAGGAGAGCGCGUUUAGGAGGAGUUCCAGCUCCGUGAAUCUUUGUGGCGGAGAGGAUUGUGGUGGAGAGGAUGGGGUCGGUGGUGGGGAGAGUGGAUCGCCGGGGAGCUUGCCGGACCGGUUGAUGUCGGAAAUUUAUCAGCAUUUUGCGAACCGGACGAGUCCCGGCAGCGAUAAGUCGAGGAGGCAGAGGAGGAGGGAGAAGGAGAGGUUGGCUAGGAGGAAAUGGGAGACUCAGCAUUUUGUGAAGAUUGUGAAUUGCUCUCCCACGCCAUCACGGCCUUUGCAGGGCCUGUGGAAGAUGAGUGAUGGUGGAGCUCUUCAAGUGGUGGUACGAAUGAAUAGCAUUUUGAGCUCUCUACUAUCAUUGUUGCAGGGAAUUUGUGAUGACAUGAGUUUAGCCUUUUACCUUGUGGCAUAUGAUGACAUUGGGGGCAUUGCCUGCCGCCGGAUUGGGGAUCAUCCGGAACAUUUUUCCAGUUAUGGACCAGUUUUCUGGACAUCUGAUACUACAUUUCUGGAAUCACCCUUCUCUCUAGAGGAAGAAUCUUUGUAUGACAGUCGUAUUCAUCUUCGACCACUUCAACCACCAGAUAAUGACAUACACGAGCAGUUCUCUUUGUCAGAUGAUGAAGUGGUAGAUCGAAUUCAGCAGUUCCAUUUAUCAGACAAUGAAGUGGUAAACCGAAUUCUUCACAUAAGCUCAAGUUAUGAUUUAUUUAGCCCAGAACUUGCUGGAACAAUAAAUCCAAGGAGUGCGGAGGGAAGGAUUUGGCAGUACCAGAAUGGUACUUUUGGAUUUGGAUUCCUUCGGGACAAUUUUGUUAUAGACAUGAAACAUAUUGUCGACAAUGGUUGUCUGGUGGAUACAGUAAAUACUUCUGCUGAUUGAUUCCCGUCUGCAAUUUUUUUUUGUUCAUAGAUAAAUUGUGUAGUUGGAUGUCACCUAAAUGUUGUGGCAUAAUGUAUUAUUAGCUGU